ACACCCCACCCCCUCUCUCUCUCUCGAUCGAAAUUGAAUCCCUCGCCAAAUCACCAUCCCUCCGCUCUCUUGUUUGUUCCCCAUUUCAUUCAAUAUUUCGAAUUCUCCUGUUUCCCCACCGUUCCCUCCUCCACCAUCAUCUCUUUGUUCCACCCCAAACAACGCCUCUCUGCGACGAAACAGAUUUGAGUUCACCCAGCUGUGCAUUUUUCAUGUUCCAUGAGGUCCCUCUCCUUUUCCCAUUCUCGAAUUAGGGUUUCCAAUCUUCUGCAAACUCUGAAUCCGCAUUGUUCAUUUCUCUCUGGCUCAGAAUCCGCUGCAUUUCGGGGAUUACAAUUCCUACUUCUUGGUUAAAUCCGUGUUCGAAAAAUUCUGGAGUCUUUACCAUUACUGCUGUUAUCUUUUCAGAGGAUUACUGGAAUCUUGGCGGCUUCAAGAAUGUUGCUUCUUCAGCAUCAAAAGAAUGGCUCUCGAUUUAGGCUCCAAGAAUUCUAAGAUCUCAACAAUGUUUUGCCAUCUUUAAUGGUGGGUGGACUCUUUUCGGACUCUAGGCCUCCGGUUCCGAGACAAGAUCAAGAAGGAGCCUGUUAUUGAUUCACUUCUUUUUGCCUAGCAUUUUGAGUACCUUAGGUCCAUUUUCUUAUUCAAAUUCAGUUUCCUCUCUCUCUCUCUCUCUCAUAUGUUUCCUGCAACUGCUGUGUUUUGGGACUCUGGGCAGGGAAAUGAACGUUGUGGGGAGAGUUGGGAGCAUUGUGCGCCAGGGAAUCUACACUUUUGCUGCCCCAAUCCAACCCUUUGGGGGUGCAGUGGACAUUAUAGUUGUGGAGAGAGAGGAUGGCACCUACAGGAGUACCCCGUGGUACGUUCGUUUCGGCAAGUUUCAGGGCGUCCUCAAGGGCGCUGAGAAGAUUGUGCAUUUCUUGGUUAAUGAUGUGGAGGCUGGGUUUCAUAUGUAUUUAGACAGCACUGGAGAGGCAUAUUUUGUUAGAGAGGUUGAGGCCCAUGAAGAUUAUCAAGCUUCUACAUCCAUGGAUGGGGAAGACCAAACACCGAUUGAGAAAACCAGUGGUUCAGAAGAUGCUGGUGUUUGUGAUACUCCUUGUUUGAAUGGCUUGCCAGGGGAUGAUGAUGCAGAAUUUCCCCAGGAUAGAUACCUGGAAAUGAGUGGCAAUGGAUACCCAACAAAGGUUCAGGCAUCUGAGUCAAUGAGUUCUUCCUUUUCAGUGGAAUACAUGGACAGUUUUCAAUAUGAUAGUCAAGCCCAGGCGGAUGAUGCUGCGAAUUCUGAGCCUUCGGAUUCAGAAGAGGUGGUGUUAAUGAGCGGAGAUGGUCGUGUCAUGACUGCACCUAUCACUUCUAGCGAUUACUCAGACAGCGUGUCUAUAGAGUCUCCCCAGUUUUGCCUGGUAUCAGAUGAAGAAGUUCAGAUGGAAUAUGCACAGGUUAACAGCUUCAAUAGAUACAAUGCAGAUUUAGGCUCAGGAAAUGGUGAAGAAGCUUCCAAUUCCUUGACUUCUAAAAGAGAAUUAUCGCAGAGAACUGCUUCAGCUGAUUCAACCACUUUGGGAAUAAUCUUUGGCAGUUUGUCCGAGGAAGAGGGUUCUCGGGACGUCCAUGGUGAUGGUUUUCCCAGUUCUUCAACAAAAGUCUGGGGGGCCCCUGAAGAAACCCAAGAGCUGGAUCUUGAGGAGACUCAAAAUUGUGAUGAUACAGCUCCUUGUAUUGAAUAUGACAGAUUUGGGAAUCCUGGUGAUGGGGAUCUCCUUUCGGGUUUAAAUAAGGAAGACAUCUUUAAGAGCUGCCUCACGCUACCUGAAUUAGCUUUACACACCAAUGAAGAGGAGAUGGAAUUUCAAAGUCCUGGCAAUCAGAAUAAAGAGGUGGCAGCAACCAUUAAAGAUGAUCGUCCUAUAUUGGAGAAUGACAACCGUGAAAUUCUACUCUCAGCUUCCGAUUCACAAUGCAUUGAUGAUGGGGCCACUGCUGUGAAUGUGGAAGUAGAAGUCUCCUCAAAGAAAGUAACAAUCUGUGAAAGAGCAAAUUUGGAGGUAUCGUCGGUUUCCAUGGAUGGGGAUGUUACUAAGGAGGAAGGGCUUACCAUGGUUUCAAAACCUCAAGAAGUAGAGGGUGGUAGUGGAGGAGAAUGCGGUGACAAACUAGAGCCUCUGCAAGCAGAAGCUGAGAGCUCCAGUACAGGUUUUGAAAUUUCCCUUUGUGGACACUUACUUCAUGCCGGAAUGGGAAUCAGUUCUGCUGCUCAAGCUUUUGAUGUUCACAGGGUUACAGAGGAGCAAUUCAGGCUCUCAGGAGCUUCUUUCGUCAAGAAUGAAAAUCUUGUAAUCAGGGUAAACGGGAGAUAUCUACCAUGGGAUAAAGCUGCCCCAAUUAUUCUUGGAAUGGUUGCAUUUGGUUUAGAGUUCUCAGAGGAGCCGACGGAUGCGAUAUCUGUUAAAGAAAAUGAGGCGCCAAGUAUGAAAGGAGACACUCCUCGGGCCUCUUCUGUUCCUUCAGGACGUAGAUGGAGUCUAUGGUCAUUUUCUUUUAGAAGAGCAAAGUCUCUAGAGCAGGUUACUAGCCCUUCCACUGAAGACGCAUCAGUUCCGGAUGCUGAGUCUUCUCUGCACAGUACUCAUGAGGAACAAAUUUUAAUGCCUAAUGUCGACCAAGUCACUCCUCAUAAACAAAUUCUGCGAACCAAUACCCCAACUUCAGAACAGAUUGCAUCCCUGAAUCUCAAAGAGGGUCAAAAUCGUAUCACCUUCAGCUUUUCUACAAGGGUUCUUGGAAAGCAACAGGUUGAUGCACAUAUUUUCUUGUGGAAGUGGAAUGCAAGAAUUGUCAUAUCUGAUGUAGAUGGAACAAUCACCAGAUCUGAUGUCCUUGGCCAGGUCAUGCCAUUAGUUGGAAGAGAUUGGACACAGUGCGGAGUGGCCCGGCUUUUUUCUGCCAUACAGGCACAUGUGACCAGACAUUUUCUCCGCAACCUUAAGCAGGAUGGGAAAGUCUUGCCUAGUGGACCUAUGGUCAUUUCGCCUGAUGGAUUAUUACCCUCCUUGUAUCGGGAAGUCAUACGAAGAGCACCUCAUGAAUUCAAGAUUGCAUGUUUGGAGGAUAUAAGGGCACUUUUUCCCUCUGAUUACAAUCCCUUUUAUGCGGGCUUUGGAAACAGAGAAACCGAUGAGAUCAGCUACAGAAAAGUUGGAAUUCCAAAAGGGAAAAUAUUCAUUAUAAAUCCAAAGGGUGAAGUGGCUAUCAACAAUCGCACUGGCGUGAAGACAUAUACCUCUUUGCAUACUCUCGUGCAUGACAUGUUUCCACCAACUUCACUUGGAGAACAGGAAGAUUAUAAUUCUUGGAAUUAUUGGAAAAUGCCAUUGCCAAGUAUAGAAUGAUAGUUUUUAUCUACCCCGGUUGGCCUUCUAAGAUGCUCUGCUCGCUUCCACAGUUGAGUGUGUAAUCAUAUGCCAGAAAAUUUGUACAAUAACGGGAAUAUGCUAAAGUUUGGCUGGUUGUUGGACUGUGUACUGGUGAGGCUCAUUUUUUCAACCACUCAAACUUAGAGGCCCUUUUUUUUUCUUUUUUCUUUUUUUUCUGGUGAGUCAUAUCAUGUAAACUUUGGUUUUUUCUUCAGUCUCUAUGGCAUGAUAAAAAAACUGUUGAUAAAAAAGAUAUAUCUGCUCCGGCCCAUCUUGUCAUGAUUAUAAUGACGGGAAUGGGUACCACGUCAAGAUAAUAUGGUAAGUAUGAUGGGUAAGAGCGCAAACUGUAUAAGCCGAUGUAUUUGCUUUCACAAGCCAAUUAUUCUUGAAGCAAAAGUU